GGCGCAAGGAAUGGUACUUUAUAACUCGCGUCAUGCGUGCCGUCCGUGUGUAAAUGUAAAACGAAACGUAUCACAGCGCUCGUAAGCUUGUAGUCUGUCAAUCCUUAUGCGCAAACUGUUCUAAUAAGAGUAGGGUUUAAUUUCAAUGUAUAAGUAAUAUCGAUAAAUUAAAAUUUAAUCAGAGAGUGUUACGAUUAUACCAAUAAAAAUUGUUAAUUUGUAGUUGAAAGUUGACGUUAUAGGGUGGUGCAUUUGAUAUAAGUGCUGUCAAAAUUAAAAUAAUAAACUUCAGUGUUAGAUGUUCAGAUGUUUGUAAUUCUAACAGUGAAUUAAAUAUUAAUCUCUCAAAUUGAAGCGUUUUGCUGCAGUGCAGUAUUUUUCAUUCAGUUAUUGAGAGAAGACUAACAAAUUCGAAGAUGUCUAAAGUGUCCCUCAAUAAUAUUCCUUCAAAUCCCCGUAUAAAUCGUCUACGAACAUUUUCAAGGACGGAAAGCGAAACAUCUUGUGAAGAAGCGGCGCGGCUAACCGCAGAGGGUGCUGAUGAUGAUGAUGAGGCCUACGACUAUGGAGAGCUACCACCACCGCCGGAUGGUGGAUAUGGCUGGGUGGUCGUGUUUGCUUCCUUCAUGUGUAACCUCGUAGUAGACGGCAUUGCAUACACCUUUGGAAUCUUUCUUCCUGAAUUAGUCACGUACUUCGGAGAAGGCAAGGGAACAGUCGCGUGGGUUGGCAGUUUACUUUCUGGAGUGUAUUUAGCGGCCGGGCCUGUGGUAUCGGCGCUAUGCAACAAAUACGGAUGCCGAGCGGUAUGCGUUGCCGGCUCGCUGGUGGCAGCAACGGCCUUUGUGCUUUCCACCUUGAGCAAAAGCGUCACCAUGAUGAUGAUUACAUACGGUCUUAUUGGAGGUAUGGGCUUUGGUAUGAUCUACCUACCAUCUGUAGUAGCGGUAGGCUAUUACUUCGAAACUCGUCGCUCCUUAGCUACGGGUAUAGCGGUGUGCGGUUCAGGAGUCGGAACGUUUAGUUUUGCUCCUCUAGCUGCUAUACUGCUAAAUGAGUUUGGUUCGUGGCAGAAUGCAAAUCUGCUACUUGCUGGAUUGAUUCUCAACUGUGCUGUAUUCGGAGCUCUGAUGAGACCACUCGUGUAUCCAAAAACAUCUGGCGAAAAACCAUUGUUACAAAGAAUGGCAGAAGAAAAGAGACUGCAAAUGGAAAGAGGCUCAAUAGGAGGCUCAUACUUCGUGGUGCAGUUACCUGAUGGUACUAUGGAGAAGAGAUUAAAGGCGCCUUUAAACAUAGAUCCUGGUGUACAUUCGUCCCUAAACUUAGAAGCUUUGGCAAGGGUACCCACCAUCCCUAACAUGCCAGGCGUACCCACGGUACCCACUCUCCCCACCAUAACUGAAGCUAGGGUCACAGAUGACAAUGGAGAAAAGAAGAAGAGCGAGAACGGCUCGGCGACGGCGCAGAUGCAGGCGGCCAUGUCGCGCAACGUGUCGUCGCCCGCCUUCAGCGCGCAGGCGCCCGGCCUGCCCAAGAACGGCUCCGUGCCCUUCUUCGACCGCCAGCGCAAGCACAGCUCCGCCGACAGGUCAGCCACCGAUAAGAGCGACAAGUCCGCAGAUAAGAGCGACAAGCCCGCGGAUAGAUUUAAACCGUCCUUAGCUGCAAUUAAAGCCACGUCCAAAACUUCGGUUAGCAGUCAUCGGAAUGAUAUGGAUGCGGAAAGCGGAGUGUAUAAUUCCAAGUUGUCGGUAGCGGCUCCACGGGAACCUUCUAGAAUAGUCCGACCUCUCUCGCGGAAAGACAUCUUCUACUCUGGAUCAGUCAUCAACCUACCGCAGUAUCAAAGUCAAAAGUCCCUACAGGGCUACAGAAAUUCUGUUCUGAGUUUGCCGCAGAGUAGACAAACCGGCGAUCUGGACAGACAAGAACAGUACGACCUGUGCCCGUGCCUGUCGCUGCCCAGCUCGUUCAAGUCGGCGCUGUCGUCCAUGCUGGACGUGAGCCUGCUGCGCGACCCCGCCUUCAUGCUCAUCGGCGUGUCCAACGUGUUCGGCAUGGCCGGCCUCUACGUGCCCUUCGUGUACAUCGUCGACGCCGCGCACCUCAACGGAGUGGAGCAGUCGCAGGCAUCGUUCCUGUUGUCAAUUAUUGGUAUCACCAACACCAUCGGUCGUAUCGCGUGUGGUUGGGUCGCCGAUUUCCCUUGGAUGGACUCGCUGCUACUUAACAACAUAUGUUUAGUUAUUGCUACUAUUUCAGUGGCGUUAACACCAUUCUGUUCUUCAUACGCGUCAUACGUUGCGGUCGCAAUCGCCUUUGGAAUAGCUAUAUCCGGCUACAUCUCGCUCACGUCCAUCAUCCUGGUGGACCUGCUGGGGCUGGACAAGCUGACGAACGCGUUCGGGCUGCUGAUCCUGUUCCGCGGCGCGGCGGCCAUCGUGGGCUCCCCGCUGGCGGGCGCCGUGUACGACGCCACGCACAACUACGACGCCUCCUUCUACAUGGCCGCCGCCUUCUUCCUCGCCGCCACGCUCACCUCCUUCGCCGCGCCCGCCUUCCGCAGGAAACCCGAGGAGAUUCAACAGCCGCUGGACGUGCUGACGCCGAUCGACGAGGACCUGGAGGAGGGCGAGGAGGAGGACCCCGACGACACGCCCAUCACCAUGGGCGCGCACCUCGCGUCGCGCCCGCCCGCCAUCACGCGCACCGCCGCCUCGCCCGACGAGCCGCCCGCGUCCGCGCCAGCGCCCGCUCCCGCGCAGCCGCAGCGUGAGAGCGUGCUCUGAGCUCUCCAUUCCUGUUUGAUCGGAGUCCCGAAAUUUAUGAACUCGACCCCGGUCGACAUUAUCAAUUGUUUAAUUCCGUACGGUAUACCUCAUUCGUUCUUCGACUAUGCAAAAUUUUACCCUAUACAGUUUGCGAAGAUAAUUAAUUAAUCUCAGUAAAUGUACAUUUGUAAUAAUCUUCCGUACGUGUACGUCCGAAACCUUAGCUAUAUUUAAAAGAAGACUGGUCCUGAAACCGAUUUUUUCCCAUUCGUCUCUGUCGGUCGACAGCUGAAACUGUAGGGUAUAUAAAAAAUAUAUAGAAUGUUAUAUGAUUUUUUGCGCUUGCGAUAAGACGUCGUCAAAAAUAAACCUAGGAGAUAGCGUAUAAUUAUUUAAAUAUACAGCUAGCAAAAGCAAAACGUGUGCUGAACUAAAGUUCUUCAUAAUUUUAAUGACGAUCGAGAUUUACAAUAUUUAACAUGUUGAAAAUUUAUCGAAUUGUCGCUGUCGAACGGCUCAAUUUAUGCUGGAGUUAUAUGAACUUUGUGUCACACACGACAAAAAUUGUCUCACCACAGUUGCCAAAAAGUUUUUAAAUGAAUAGUAAAUACAAACUGAAAUUGAGCACCUAUCAAGCUUUGGUGCAAUGUCUAUUGAUAAUAGGCACUUAAUAUAUAUCUUGUCAAUGUUUUAAGUCUACAGGCAGGUAAUGUUUAAAUAAUUAAGUUCGUAUUAUGUUGCUAUACUUUAAUAAUUUACAUUUAGUGAAAAAAAAAAACUAUCUAAAAAAUUAAAAAAAAAAUUAAGAAGUCUCAAAAUUGUCUUGAAAUAAAUAAAAUACGAUCUCAUAAUAAAGACAGUUUCAGGAUUUCUUAUUAUUAAAAUUGCAAUAAAUGAAUAUUUGAACUGCCAUUACUAAAAAUUUAAAUAUUUAUAAAUAAGUUAUUUAAUUCAUUUGAUUAAUCGUUCAAAUGUUCAAUAAAAAUAAUAUCAACUAUUAGGGUAUAAUUCAACACCAAAAAACAUACAGUUAAAGUCUUGUAAAGUAUUAUUUCUGGAAAAGCAAGAUAAUCAAAAUGGCUAUUAUUAUACAAUAAAAUAUAGCAAUGUAGUAAUAUAAUGUAUAGUAUAUUAAGAUAUAAGGUACUAAAUGUUAAUAUAUACAGUGUGUUAGAAAUAGAGAUUAUAAGUUUGAUCGUUUGUUUCGAGUGUUUAUAAAUUGAGAAAGUACGGCAAUCAUCAGUCUCCGCUACAAUACAAAUUAAAUUAAAAUAUUUUACAAUAAUAAUUAUUAUUAUAGUGACAAAAUAUUUGAGUGUUAAGUGCUUUUUAUGUUUGCUUAUGAGUUGUGCGAUGUUUUCAAAGAUGAGUAUAUUUUUUAAUUAUAAUAAUUUUAUAGUACUACAAAAUGUGAUGUAAUAUCGUACGAUAUUACAUCACACGGUUUAAGUUAUAGGCUAAAUACUCGAGAGCAAAAAAAUAUCACCAAGCCCCAAAUCCCGAAUAAACAUUCUUAAAUCCAGUGUGCCAUAUAUUUAAACAAUAAACAUCGCACAUCAUCUUUAAAAUAUAUAGGUUUUAAAUAUAAGAUAACUUUUCGUUGCGAAAGGAUUACACAUAGAUUUGUAAAAUGUACAUUAGUUUCUUCGUUACGAAAUACGCAACAGAAAACCUUAUUUGAUACCUCGUUUUGAUGAAAGGUCAACUCUGUAUAAAGCUAAUAUAGUAAAGAAAAAUAAAGUAGUUUGUGAGUCUCCAUUCGUAAUAAAAAUGUAGUAAAAUAAAAAUUAUUAGAUGUUAGGUAAUAUCAGCGGUUCGUACUCAAGAAGCAAUAACAAUAGUACUUAUAGUCUGUACUUAGAAGAUAAAAUUUCAAUUUUUUUUAUUUAUUUUUUUCAAAAUUUUGAUAUAAUUGGUUCAAAAAAUAUUAUAAAAUUAGAAAGAAUACGAAAUCUUUAAUACAUUGUAAAUAUUAUACUUGUAAUGCACAAUUGUAAAUAAACACAGGUAGAUGGAAAAUUAAAUAUAUAUUUAAAAUCUGUUUCCUAAUCUGUCGAUAUUUCCCCUAGUGUCGCAAAAUACUUAAAUUUAGCUCAUAUUUUGAGUCCUUAAUAUUUUAACUUCUUGUAGUAUUCAAAAUUGAACUUUAAUAUGUAGCACCUAAAAAUUAACGUAGAAUCAAAAUGGAGACUUAAAAUCUAUUAGUAACUAAUUACUUCGCUUUACAAAGCAGUGCUCAUAUCUUGUAUUUUAUUUUUGUUGCGAAUUGAGCUCGCAAUUUUAUUCGUAUCGACAAACUAUAUAAGCCAUUAACUGUAUACAAUGUUUACUCUCAAUGCUUCCAACUUCCAUGGCAGUGCGUGAGUACGCACACUCGUUGCCUUCAAUAGUGCUGUGAAAAUUGUGUAAAUGUAAACAUUGCCGUUUAGUGUUUGUUUCAAAUUUUUUUGCUCUUUCGAGUUUUCACUAACAAAAUUAUAGUAAAUCUUAUUCGAAAAUAUGUGUUAUUUAUCCCGCUAUGGUGAUAUAUGUAUAAAUUAUCAGACUAUUAUUUAACAUAGGUUAAUGAACUUCGAGCUUGGCUUUCUUACUAACGAGAGAGGUCACUUGGAACUGAGAUUCUUGGCCACUCUCAAGAACUAACAGCACUGUCAAUGGUAACUAGGAAUAAUGAAUUGCCAUAUUAUAUACAUAGUGUUUUAUUGCGUGUAUUCUAACAUAUAUUAUAUAAUACGCUAUUCGUCCUAAAGGUUUUACUCAAUUACGAAUUAGGAAUUUUUCAAUUUAUCGUGUGCCAUUGCUAAGAACAAUUCAUGUACAUACACGCAUUGUAACUAUAGAUUAUACAUACAUAAAUAUUAUACAUGAGUGAAUGUAACGCAGUCAAUUUUUUAUAACCAUUCGAUACCAAAUAUCUUUCAGUGUUAAAUAUAUUUUAAGUAUGUAUUUGUCAGUUUAUAAGCUUGACUAUUAUGUAUUGUCUUGCUAAACUGUAGUUUACUUAAUAAAAUAUGUAAAGAAUUGUAUAAAAAGUUCCAAAAGCGGCAGGCAAAUAUAAUAUAUUGUACGUCGUCGUUACUGGCGAGUGUAAAAAGGCAUUGAAGGCACGCCUCAGUGGAUCGUAUACCUAACCUUGUACUGGGUAUUAGAAAAAAACCUAUAUAUAAAUUAUAUACAUUUAUUUGUAUAAACAAUUUUAAUUUUAUUUUUAUUCGUUAUCAAUUUUCUUGUACCCAGUACCGAUAUACAUAUUUAUAUAUUUUGUUAAACAUAUUUUUAUGUCAAUAUAUUGCAUAAUUUAGCCGUUAAGUCUUAUUAGAAUUAGAGAAGAAAACUAGGCACUAGAUUUAUAUAGGAUAACAAAUUAUGUGAUAAAAAUGCUUAAUGAAACGAAAAAUAUAUAUUUCUUUUAUAACGAGCCUGUAAUAUUAUGUAGAUAAUUAAUGAUAUGUAAUGAUUUUUAAUGAAUAAGUUUUAAAGUGAACCAUGUAAUUGUAUAAAUUGUAUUAAAUAUUCAAAAAGUUAUUGAGUAACGUUAACUGUUGUUAUAGCUUUAUGUAAAAAACCAAAAGUGUUAUUAUGUUUUUAAGAGUGACAAACUAUUUAGGGAAGUGGUAGUAAUGAAAUGGCGUUUUUUAAAUAAGGAUAUAUAAUUGUUACAGAUGGAACUGUAUGGAUAUAAAAUAGUAAAUAAAAUAAAAUGUAUGUAUUGAAUUGAUUUGAAGUAUUUCGUUCUGAAACACCAAUUAUAAAUAAUUGUUAUAAUAUAAAAUGGUACAAUUUUGUUUUAAACGCUAGCUCUGCCGUUAGCGUAAUUGGCUCAAAAUAUUGAAUUUUUAUUAUAUUCCGUUCAGUAUUGGCUCAAAAUAUUUUUUUGCGAUCUUAAGAUGUUCACAUUUACGUCUUGCAUGAAUUACAUGAAAAAAAAAACUAUUUAAUUAAUCACUUCAAAAUCCAAACCCAAUAUAAAAAAAAGAAAAUACUUUUUGUUAAAUACGUUGUUUAUUUUGAGUGCUGAUUUUGAAUAAAUCAUAAUGCAAGAUUAAUUUGUAAACAACUUAGUUCGGCUUUGAAAUAAUAAUGCUUGUAAGAGAAUGGCUCAGCGCUUUGCACACGGUACAAGUCCUAGCUGUUGCUAAUGUUGUCCACCGAAUGUUUUGUAAAUAACAGAUUCAUUAAAUGAUAAUGAUGACUUA